CCAACUAAGCUAGUUGACAUCCACAUACACUGAAUCUAAAAGAAAGUGAUGAUAAGGAAUAUUGUUUGCUAAGUCUUAUUCAAGUAAUACUUUGUACUACAUAUAUAAUUUUCAAUUGAACUACAUGAUUGCCACUUGAUUUGCUUAUGACAUUUUGUAAAUUAAAGAGAAAUUAGUAACAAAAUCAACAAGAAGAGAGAAAGAAGGAGAUCCUUAAAAAAAAAAAAAGAGAAAGCCAGAAAAACAUGAGCAAUUGAGCAGGUCCUUAGAAUCGCACCACCAUCAUCAUCACUCUACUACGCCACUGCAACUCUUCAUAUUUCCUCUCUCCUCAAUCAAACCUUCUUCUUCUCUUCAAUCAACAAUGCCAGCUUCUUGAAAUCCAUUGAUCCACCCAUUUUCUCUCUCCUCAAAAUCACACCCAUUUCGAGUUUCGAGGGUGCGAUCGAGAUGGCUUUCAUGGCUGUCCUUGAAUCAGAUCUACGCGCUCUUUCCGCCGAAGCUCGCCGCCGAUAUCCCGCUGUUAAGGAUGGAGCUGAACACGCUAUUAUCAAGCUUCGGUCAUUGUCAAGUCCAAGUGAAAUUGCUGAUAAUGAGGAUAUUUUGCGAAUCUUUUUGAUGGCUUGUGAAGUUAGAACUGUGAAGUUGAGUGUUAUUGGACUUUCAUGCCUCCAAAAGCUAAUAUCUCAUGAUGCUGUUGCUCCAUCAGCAUUAAAGGAGAUACUUUCUACCUUGAAAGAGCAUGCUGAAAUGACUGAUGAUACAGUUCAGCUGAAGACCCUCCAGACCAUUUUAAUAAUUUUCCAGUCCCAUAUGCAUCCAGAAGAUGAGGAAAGUAUGGCUCAAGCUCUUGGAAUUUGUCUCCGACUUCUAGAAAGUAAUCGUUCCUCUGAUAGUGUACAAAAUACUGCAGCGGCUACCUUUAGACAAGCAGUGGCCUUGGUUUUUGAUCAUGUGGCCCAAGCAGAGUCACUUCCUUCGGGAAAAUUCAGUUCUGGAGGUCAAAUCUAUCGAUCAAGAUCAAGUUCCGUUACUGGGGAUGUUAGUCGCAGCAUACAUCAUUCAGAUGAGUAUGAUACUGUAUCUGGAGUAGCACCUAUCACAAGGGAAAGCCUUACCAAAGCUGGAACUGUUGGGCUUCGCUUGCUUGAGGACGUGACAGCUCUUGCAGCAGGUGGAUCUGCAACUUGGUUACGUAUCAGUUCCGUCCAACGAUCAUUUGCCCUUGAUAUACUCGAGUUUGUCCUAUCAAAUUAUGUGGCCAUUUUCAGAACACUGGUUCCAUACGAGCAGGUCUUGCGCCAUAAGAUAUGCUCUCUUCUGAUGACCUCUCUUCGUACCAAUGCUGAGCUUGAAGGAGAAGCAGGAGAGGCCUUUUUUCGCCGCUUGUUGUUGCGUUCAGUUGCUCACAUUAUAAGGCUUUAUAGUUCAUUCCUUAUCACUGAAUCUGAGGUUUUCCUGAGUAUGUUAGUGAGGGUCACAACUCUUGAUCUGCCAUUGUGGCACCACAUCCUUGUGCUUGAAAUUCUGAGGGGCUUUUGUGUUGAGGUGCGGACCAUGCGAGUUCUUUUCCAGAAUUUUGACAUGAACCCGAAAAAUACUAAUGUUGUGGAGAAUAUUGUGAAAGCUCUUGCACGUGUUGUGUCAAGUUUACAGGUUCAAGAAACAAGUGAAGAGAGUUUGGCAGCUGUCGCUGGGAUGUUUAGCAGCAAAGCUAAAGGUAUUGAGUGGAUCUUGGACAAUGAUGCAUCCAAUGCUGCAGUAUUAGUUGCUAGUGAGGCUCAUGCAAUCACAUUGGCAAUUGAGGGUCUUUUAGGUGUUGUCUUUACUAUUGCUACUCUGACAGAUGAAGCAGUAGAUACGGGAGAGCUGGAAUCCCCUAGAUGUGAGUCUGACCCUCCGGCAAAGUUGACUGGGAAGAUAGCAUUUCUUUGUUAUUCAAUGGUCGAUUCCUUGUGGUUGACAAUACUUGAUACCCUCUCUUUAAUUUUGGCAAGAUCUCAAGGGGAGGCUAUUGUGUUGGAAAUACUAAAGGGGUAUCAAGCUUUCACUCAGGCUUGUGGAGUUCUUCGUGCAGUUGAGCCAUUAAACUCUUUUUUGGCAUCUCUUUGCAAAUUUACCAUCAAUAUUCCCAGUGAGGUUGAAAGGAAAAGCUCUUCACAAUCUCCCGGAUCAAAACGCACUGAGCUUCUUGCUGACCAGAGAGAUGGCAUUAUUUUGACUCCCAAAAAUGUACAGGCAUUACGGACUCUCUUCAACAUAGCCCACCGGCUACACAAUGUGUUAGGUCCCUCUUGGGUUCUGGUGUUGGAAACACUAGCGGCCUUGGACCGGACAAUUCACUCUCCGCAUGCUACUACUCAGGAAGUGUCAACAACUGCUACUAGACUCAGCAGAGAGUCAUCUGGGCAUUAUAGCGAUUUUAACAUACUCUCUUCUUUAAAUUCCCAGUUAUUUGAAAGUUCUGCUCUGAUGCAUGUAUCUGCAGUGAAGUCACUUGUCUAUGCACUUUGCCAACUGUCACAACAAUCUUUGCCUGGCAUUGCUGGUGGAUUUCCUCCAACAUCAAGUCAGAAAAUUGGAAGCAUCAGUUUUUCCGUUGAAAGGAUGAUAUCUAUCCUUGUUAAUAAUGUUCACAGAGUGGAACCUCUUUGGGAUCCAAUUGUAGGUCAUUUUCUUGAGCUUGCUGAGAACUCUAAUCAACAAUUGAGGAGCAUUGCCCUUGAUGCCUUGGAUAGGUCAAUUUGUGCUGUUCUGGGUUCUGAUCAGUUACAGGAUCGUGUAGCAUCAGGAUCUUAUCCAGAUUCUCAACACAUAAAGAAUGCAUCUGUUGACUCAAGAUCACUUGAACGUGUUGUUAUAUCACCCUUGAGGGUACUGUACUUUUCUGCUCAGAGUUUUGAAGUUCGCUCUAGAUCUCUGAAGAUUCUUCUUCAUGUUCUGGAGAGGCAUGGAGAAAAACUACAUGAUAGCUGGCAGGACAUACUUGAGCUGUUAAGGUCUGUUGCCUGUGGAGCAGAGAAGGAUCUAAUAACGUUGGGAUUCCAGAGCCUUCGUGUUAUUAUGAAUGAUGGACUCUCAAGUAUACCUGUGGAUUGCCUUCAAGUAUGUAUUGAUGUUACUGGAGCCUAUAGUGCUCAGCAGACUGAGUUGAACAUAAGCCUGACUGCAAUAGGUCUCUUGUGGACUACAACUGAUUUCAUAGUUAAAGGACACAUUCGUUUGAGUAGCAAAGAUAGUGAGAAAGAAGAUAGUGGAAAGCGGGUAGAAGAACUCAAUUCAAACAAAGUUGACAAUCAAUCUUCUAUUUUUAAUGUGGAUGAACAUGACAAGUUGCUGAUUUCUGUCUUCUCACUGCUUCAAACACUUGGAGCAGAUGAGAGACCUGAGGUGAGAAAUUCAGCAAUACGUACAUUAUUUCAAACCCUUGGAACUCAUGGGCAAAAGCUUUCAAUGAGCAUGUGGGAGGAUUGUCUUUGGAAUUAUGUUUUCCCAUCACUUGAUCGUGCUUCUCACAUGGCUGCUACCUCAUCCAGAGAUGAAUGGCAUGGAAAAGAGCUAGGGACACAAGGUGGAAAAGCAGUUCACAUGCUUAUUCAUCACAGUCGUAACACGGCUCAGAAGCAGUGGGAUGAAACACUUGUUGUGGUUCUUGGUGGGAUAGCUCGCCUCUUACGCUCAUUCUUUCCCUAUCUAAGAACUUUAAGCAAUUUCUGGUCUGGAUGGCAAACAUUGAUUAAUUUUGUUAAAAGCAGUAUUGUAAAUGGAAGUAAAGAAGUUGCACUAGCUGCAAUCAACUGUUUACAAACAACUAUUCUAUCUCACUCUGUUAAGGGAAACUUGCCCAUGGCUUACCUUGAAUCAGUGCUUGAUGUUUAUGAGCAUUUUCUUCUAGAAUCACCCAGUCGCAGUGAUAAAGCUAUUGAUAGAGUGAAGCAAGAGAUAUUGCAAGGGCUGGGAGAAUUGUUUGCUCAAGCACAGCAGGGGUUCGACAUUGAUAUGUACAAGCAACUUCUUGAAGUUGUGGAUGUGGCAAUUAAGGCCACAUUGGCUGUUGAUAAUGCUGCUGCCGAUGCUGGAUGUAUCCCCCCUUUGCAACGUACUAUGUUAGAAACCUUACCACUUCUAUGUCCGUCGGAGCAUCUUUCUUCUAUGUGGUCCCUUUUUCUUCAAUCGAUUUUGAAAUAUCUUCCUAGAGCUCCUCCCACCUCUAAAAGCAUAGAAGAUGCCAAGCAAACUGGGGAAACAGACUCUACCCAAGCUGAUAAUUGGGGAAAGAGAGAAAGCCCUAAUGGUGUGAUGUCUACAUCUCCAAGAUUGACAAAAGAUUCAGUUGAAUCUGAAAUUGUUACGACUUCAAUGUCUGGCGUCCAAUGCAGCAUAUUUUCUGAAAAGCUUAUCCCAGUGUUUGUUGAUCUCUUCUUGAGGGCUCCAGAUUCCGAAAAGUAUAUUAUAUAUCCUGAAGUCAUUCAAGCUUUGGGAAGGUGCAUGACAACAAGAAGAGACAGUGCAGAUGGUGUAGUUUGGAGGCUAGCUGUUGAAGGCUUUAACCGUAUUCUCGUGACUGAUGUAAUUCGAUUGUCCCAGAAGGAUGAAAAUCAUCCAUGUAAUAGCCGAUCUGCAAGGAACCGCAUCUGGAAGGAAGUUGCUGAUGUAUUUGAAAUAUUUCUUGUGGGAUAUUGUGGACGUGCUCUUCCUUCGAAUGUUCUAUCUACUGUUGCACUUAAGGCUGAUAUAUCACUGGAUAUGGCCUUCUUAACUAUUCUUGGUGACGAAAUUCUGAAGUCUCAAAUCGAUGCCCCUUCAGAUAUUCUGCAGAGAUUAGUAUCCACUCUGGACCGCUGUGCAUCACGCACAUGCUCUUUGCCUGUGGAGACUGUGGAACUUCUGCCUUCCCAUUGCUUCAGAUUUUCCUUGGCUUGCUUGCAAAAGAUAUUCAUUUUGACGAGUUUUGAGACUGAGGUUGAUAAAUGGAACGCAACACGAUCUGAGGUCAGCAAAAUUGCUAUCAUGGUGCUCUUGGAGAGAUGUGAACACAUUUUUAACAGAUUUCUCAUAGACGAGGCUGAUUUAGGCGAACGACCAUUUCCUUCAGCAAGGCUUGAAGAAGUUGUGUUUAUCCUUGAAGAGCUUGCCCGCUUAUCAAUUCACCCCGACACUGCAUCUAUUUUGCCUUUGCAUCCGCAUCUGAAACAUGGUAUUACAACAGAAGGGAUUCAUGAUGGUCGAGCUCAUCUGCUUGUUCUCCAUCCAUCCUUAUGCGAACUUGUCACUUCUAGGUGAGGGAACCUAGAGUGAGGGAGUUGAUACAGGUCCUGCUUAAAUUUAUCAGUGAGAUUUUGGGGCUACGGAAAUUAACUCAAUCUGGUAAAUCUUAGAGAAGUAACGAGAAGAGCAAUUAUGCGGCUAGUCAGCGUUCUUUAGUUUUCCGAUCAUGACGUAGACGAGGAAUUUUCUUUUUUGUCCUCCAUAGUUCAUUGUAUUAUAGUGAUUCAUUUUGCAGCGUUUCAUAUAGCAAACCUUGUACAUUAUUAUAUCAUAGGUGAAUGAAUAAAAGGUACAGUUUGUUGUAAAAUCAUUUUUUGUCUAUGUUUUGCACGCUCUGUAAUCACUGCUGUCAUAUUCAUAUAGGUUGAUUCUUAAUUCAAAUUU